AUGAAAUUAUUUAAUAUAUUAAUACAAUAUUUUUUAUUUAAUUAUUUUUGUUAUUGUCAUGAUCUUCAUCAUGCAGAUCAGGUCAUAGUUAAACAGUCAGAAUCAUCUGUGACCAAUGAUCCGUCUAAUAAAAAUAUAGAAACUACAAAUUCUCCAAGAAAUAAUAAUGAAUAUCCACACGAUACAGUUGAUACUCGUUUUCAAGCUAUACAUGAUUUAAAACAAUCAACUUAUGAAUCUAGUCAAAAUGAUGAACAACAAAUACAAUCAAAAACUCCAUCAUUACAAAAUCAAGCAUCAAUAUCAAUUGAGAAUGAUUUAACAUCUACUGCUACGCCUAUCAAAGAACCAACUGAACAACAAAUUAUAUUAUCAUCAACAGAAACAUUAUCAAAAAGUGAUACAAUAAAAAAUAUUCCAAUAUCAAAUCCAAAAAUAAUUUAUAAAGAUGAUUUAUCUUCAAUAGAAACACAAAUUAAUUCACAAACAAUUGAUACAAUUCAACAAACUCUAUCAUCAACACAAUCUAAUCAACAAGAACAUAUCAAAUCAAUAUCAAAUCAUACACCAUCAUCUUCAAAUACACAACAAUCAAUUUCUAAUACAAUAAACAAUAGUAAUUUAUCAGAACAACACUCACAAAUUCCAAUAACAACAACAACAACAACCAAUGAUACAUCAACUGUACAAUAUGAAUCUCAUAUUCCAGUAUCAGUAACAUCUAAACAUCAUCAAAAUGUACAUAUAAAUUCUCGACAUAUUCAAACAGAUCAACAACAAAAUGAAAAUAUUUUUAUAACAGAUGAUAAUCAAAUAGAAAAUAUGAUUGUUCAAUCAUACAACGAUGAAGAAAAACAUUCAAAUGAAUCAUUAUUAGAAUCAGAUACGAAUUUGUCUUUACCAUCAACAAUAGAUUAUAUGAUUGAGAAUGAAACACAAACAGAUGAUAAUAAUAAUGAUUCAAAUCAAUAUGUAUCUAAAAUUGAAUCAAAAAUUGAUGAUAAUCAGACUUUACUUUCAUCAACUCCAAUAGUGAAUGAUAACGAUAAAAUAUCAACAAAUAAAUAUCGACAAAUAUGUUGGCAUUUACCAAAACAAUUCGAAACAACUAUUGAAUUAAUAGAAAAUGAAAUUUUUCGUUUUAUCAAUAUUUUACCAACAUUUCUACAAACAAUUUUAUUUGAACAUAAUGAUGACCGUGAAGUUUUAAUGAAUACAAUAUGGUUUACAUUGAGUUGUACAAUGUGUUUUUUAUUUAGUUUAAUUUUUCUUUUGAUUGGUACAAAACGUUUAAAACAAACUAAACAUGACAGAGAAAUUCGUAUACAUUGUCAACAACUUCAACAAAAAAAUAAUCGAAUAGAACUUGAACGUGCAACAUUUGAACGAGAAAAUCAAAGAUUAACGGAUGAAAUAGAUAAAUUAAAAAGUUUACCUGAACAUAAUUCAGAUGAAGAUAUUUUUGCAUUACGUGAAGAAUGUAUUCGUUUUCAAGAAGAUUUAAAAACAGCAUAUACAAAUCAUAUGCUUUUACAACAGGAUAUUGAUUAUAAACAAAAUCUUAUACUAAAACAUGAAUAUGAUAAACAACGACAAGUUGAAACAAUUACAUAUUUAAAUAAUGAGGUCCUGCAAUUAAAACAAGAAUUAGAAAAAGAACGAGGAAUCAUAGUACGUUUACAAUCAAAUGAUCUUUCUUUGGAACGUUUUGAAAAAGCACAAGAAAUUAUUGAACAACUUAAAUCUGAAAUAACUCAAUUAAAACAAGAAAAAUUUAUUCAAAAUAAUCAAUUACAAGAACUACAAGAACAUGCUAAUCAAUUAACUAUUGAAAAUAAUCAAUUAGCACUUAGCAUGAAACAAUUAAAAGAUUUAUUUGAACAAUAUGAUCAAACAAUAAAACAUAUUCAUGAUAAAAUUAAUAAUGACAAAACAUUAGAAUUAGAAGAUCUACGUUUAAUAUUAAUAGAAAAUUCUUCAAAUAAUAAUCAACAUCUUCUAUCAACAAUUGAUAAUGAUAUAAAAAAAUCUAAUCAACAUAUGCGUGAUUUACAUAAUGAAAUUGAUAUAAAAACUUAUCGUAUAAAAGAACUUGACGUAUUACUCCAACAAGAAAAAAAUCGUUGUAAAGAAAUUGAAACUAAACUUAAAGUUGUAUUAGAAUUACGUGAACGUGAUACUCAUUUACAUAUACGUCAAUUAGGACAAACCGAUGCUGAAUUACGUAAAGCAAGAACAGACACAGAACGUAUUCGUAUUUUACAACAACAACUUGAAUUUAAACAACAACAAUUAGAUGAUGUACAAAAAGUUCUUUCAACUGAACAAAUAAAAUUUAAUGAAGAAUGUAGUAAAUUACAACAUGACACACAUGAAAAAUGGAUGGAAGUUAAACGUGUAACACGAGAACUUGAAGCUUCAAAAAAAGAAUGUGAAAGUCUACGAAGACAAAUUACUAAAUAUGCAAAGAAUGCACAUUUCUCACAAGAAAAAACUAUGAUUAAACCAGUAUCACAACAUAUGAGAAACAGUGAAGAGUUAGAUUCACACAGUAGUUCACCAAGUCAUUAUCAACAAGAUGAAAAUUUUAGACCCAUUGAUUAUCAACAUAAUAAUUCUGGUGGUGCUAGUCCGACUGAAAUGUUCAUACCUAGACCAACUCUUUUUAAUCUGCCUCGACCUCCAUUUUUUCCACCACCAUUUAUGCCACCUUUACAGGCUAAUCCAUUUAUGAUGCAUCCAAGAUUUCCAAUGACACCUGUUGGUUCAUAUGGAAUUAUGUCACCUAUGUCACAUUUGAUAACCAAUGGUAGUGAUGGAAAUAAUUCAGAAAUCAUUGAUUCAUCAAAUAUAACUCCAAAUUCAACAAGUUAUGAUAUGGAAUCGAAUGGAAUAACUACAUCAUCUUUACCUGAUGAUGAACAACAAAUAAAAACAAAAAAACCAAAGAAAUCCUUAAAAAAAAAGACAAAAACAUCAGGAACAACAGUAAUAAAAGAAGAUGUAUAA